AAAAGAUUCGCGUCCAACCCAUACGGAACCGUCACCUUUGACUCGACCGCAGCCUAUCUCAACGGCCCAAAAGACUUUUCCAGCGCUGAGACUUGGGCCGAUACUGCCAUGUCCCUUUGGUCGGCGGCUCAAGCCCCCUUCUCCAUAUCCCAAGCGACAGUUGAGCCCAUCGUUGCUCUCUUCUCCUCCCCAGCGCGUUCAAUCUGGAAAGACUCGUUGGCUAUUCCAGCAGUCGUUGCAGCGGCAUCUACCCUCAUCCUUCUCUUACAUUUGUUCCUCACUUCGACAUGGGGCAGAAAGCUACGAGGCAUUUCUCAAAUACCCACCGAAGAGGUCGAUGCUGCUCAACCCGUUGGUGUCCUUGCUGAAUUUCGUCAUCAUGUGGCCGACCACGGUGGAGAAGUUGUUUUCGCAUUCAAACUGGUCCGCUUGACUGCUUGUCUUGUGUUGCUUGGACUCUCCAUUACAACCCUGGCUCUCGAGGCUAAAGCUGAACAAAGUGUAUUUGGCAAAUGGGGCAAGAAACAUCCCAAAAAGACUCGUCCCUCAGAUGGGCUGAACACGAAGGAAUGGCUUCAAAUCGUGACUGCCAUGACCUUCUUUUACGCUACUGCCCUCGGGGUUACGACUGUGAUCGCAAAGCGGCGAUGGAGCGCGGUUGUCGUAAAGCAUCUGAACAUUGUUUUGCUUGCAGCUCUCGCGACGUAUUCUUACCGCGACGUGUUUCCGCUGAUAACCUACCAUCAUAUUCCUCUAGAUGCUUCAGAGGGCUGGAUAUUGUGGACCAAGUUGGGGGCUCUCGUGAUAGCCGCAGUGGUUGUCCCAUUGUUUAUCCCACGCGCCUAUGUCCCCGUAGAUCCCAAGAAUCCGAUGCCAGUUCCAAACCCAGAGCAAACAGCGUCCAUCUUCUCUCUCAUGUUCUACUUCUUCCUCGACCCCGUCGUCUUUUUAGGUUACCGUCUGCGCCACCUCUCCGCAGAUCAGCUGCCUCCACUAGCAGACUACGACUAUGCUGCCAAUAUGAGGGCUAGGAACUUUCCUCAUCUUGAAGUUACUCCCACCAACAAACGACACCUCUUCUUCGGGCUGAUAUGGACCUUCCGCAUUGAAUACUUGUGCAUGGCGCUCACUAUCAUUGUGAUGAGUACGAUGAAUUUUGCGUCGCCUUUGGGGAUUAAUCGCCUGCUCAACUACUUGGAAAAUCCGGACGUGGAACCUACCAUCAAGCCCUGGGUCUGGGUGUUGGCCCUGCUAUUCGGUCCAAUGACCGGAUCGACAGCAUUCCAGUGGUAUAUUUUCCUUGCGACUCGAACCCUUGUUCGUUGUGAAGCUAUCAUCACUCAACUCGUUUUCGAACAUGCUCUCCGGAUCAGAGUCAAGGCGGAAAGUAGCGAGAAGACACCCACCAGUGGUACUUCAACUCCUGCUCGUAGCGAGACUCCGUCGCCAGUUGAGGAGGGUUCUAGCGGUGACGAGACUGCGACUGAGACUGACGCAUUGUCGAGAGACGAAACACUGCAGGCAAGCUCGGCGAGCGUCAAAUCUAGUUCGUCCGCGAAGAAGGAUAAGGGCAAAGAGGCUGAAUCCGAUGCUGAAUCCGGUAAAGAUAACCUGGUCGGAAAGAUCACCAAUCUUGUUACAACCGACUUGACAAACAUUACGGAGUCCCGAGAUUUCCUGUUUAUUACCUUGCUCAUUCCCAUGGAAAUCACCCUUUGUGUGGUCUUCCUGUACAAUGUGUUGGGUUGGUCCGCGUUUGUCGGCAUGGCUGUGAUGGUCCUUCUCUUCCCCGUUCCCGGCUAUGUUGCCCAGAAGAUUCAAUAUGUGCAACAACAACGUUUGAAGAAGACCGACGCCCGUGUCCAAGUGGUAACCGAGACUAUGAAUGUGCUUCGGAUGAUCAAGCUCUUCGGAUGGGAACGACAAAUGAAUGAGCGUGUUGCGGAGAAACGAGAGGAAGAGUUGGGGUGGAUCUGGAAGAGGCAGAUGCUUGAUCUUCUGAAUGGGACUCUCAACUUUUUCAUCCCUGUUGUAACGAUGAUGGCGACAUAUGCUACUUAUACCAUCAUCAUGAAAGAGAAUCUGAGCGCAUCCAAGGUCUUUUCAAGCUUAAGUGUUUUCGACAUGUUGCGGAAUCAGCUUCACUUCAUUUUCUGGGCCCUCAGUCAGGCCGUCACUGGAAAAGUGUCCCUUGAUCGAGUAGACGAGUUCCUUCGCAGGACAGAACUCCUCGAUCGCUACACAGAGCCUGACCCGGCUGCCGCAGAACUUUUUGUUCCCGCAGACGUUGAAGAUAGCCAGAAGAUUGGUUUCCGUGAUGCAACAUUUGCCUGGACGAGCGAAAAGAUUGAUGGCACCCUCACUCCUUCUCGCCGCCGAUUCCUGCUGAGAAUUGACGGUGAGCUGUUGUUCAAGCCUGGAUGCAUCAAUCUUGUCGUUGGACCCACUGGUUCUGGCAAAACAUCAUUGAUCAUGGCUCUUUUGGGCGAAAUGCACUUUAUUCCGUCCGGACCUUCGUCCUGGUAUAAUCUUCCGCGCGCAAAGGGUGUUUCCUAUGCUGCUCAGGAAUCAUGGGUUCAAAAUGAAACGAUCAAAGAAAACAUUCUGUUUGGCGCGGUAUACGACGAAGAACGUUACAAAAAGGUCAUCUACCAGUGUGCCCUUGAACGUGACCUGGAACUGUUUGACGCUGGGGAUGCCACUGAGGUUGGUGAAAAAGGUCUUACUCUCAGUGGUGGGCAAAAGGCUCGAGUCACUCUCGCUCGCGCCAUCUACUCCAACACCGAAAUUAUUCUGUUGGACGAUGUUUUGGCUGCCCUCGAUGUGCAUACCAGCAAGUGGAUCGUCGACAAGUGCUUCCGUGGAGACCUCAUCAAGGGCCGCACUAUUAUUCUGGUGACCCACAAUGUCGCCAUGGCCAAACCGAUUGCAAGCUAUGUCGUUUCAAUGGACGUUGAUGGGACGAUUCAUAGCCAUGGCUCGAUUACGGAAGCCCUUGCGCAUGAUGAGGUGCUUGCGGAAGAGCUAAGCAAGGACGAGAAAAUCUUAGAUAAGAAAACGAACGAAGUAGACGCUGCUGCUGCACCGGUCGAACCCAAGUCGGAUGGCAAGCUAAUCGUUGCAGAAGAAAUUGAGGAGGGCCACGUCAGCAUGGACUCGCUCAAGCUCUACUUCGAAGGCAUGGGAGGCAACCAUGCAUUGCUGUUUUUCGGUGUCUUCCUGUUGGGAAUCAGCGCAACGGAAAUUUCUCAGGCCAUCCAAACUUGGUUCCUUGGAUAUUGGGCAAGACAGUACAGCAUUCAUGAUCCAGCUGAUGUUGAUGUUUUCUACUAUCUGGGCAUAUUCUGUCUUCUCCUGUUGGCUGCCAUGAUUAUAUACGCCAUGUCCUUCGUCUUCUAUUCGCUUGGCGUGUUCCGCGCUUCAAAGACUAUCCACAGACAGCUUGUGGAGUCUGUUCUCGGUACCACAUUGAGGUGGCUUGAUAUCACGCCCACUUCACGAGUGAUCGCACGAUGCACCGUCGAUAUCAGAACUGUUGACGGUGCAAUCAGCCAGGGGCUAUGGGCUUUGCUGGAAAUGUCGGUUUCGAUGAUCGUGAAAUUCGCUGCUGUUAUGAUUUUCACUCCGUUGUUCUUGAUCCCCGGAGUUCUGGUCGGCAUCCUUGGGGGCUGGUGUGGUCAAAUUUAUAUCGCGGCACAGCUCGGAGUUAAGCGGGAAAUGAGCAACGCAAAGGCUCCUGUCUUGGGACACUUUGGUGCCUCAAUUGCUGGUCUUACUUCAAUUCGUGCAUAUGGUGCGCAAGGAGCCAGUAUCAGCACAUCGAUGUCCCGUAUCGAUAGCUACACUCGUACUGCUCGCACUUUCUACAAUUUGAAUCGCUGGGUUUGCGUCCGUAUUGAUGCAUUGGGUGGCUUGUUUGCCGCGGGGCUUGCAUAUUACUUGGUGUAUUUCAAGACAUUCAACCCAAGUAAUAUUGGAUUCACGCUCAAUAUGGCCAUCGGAUUCUCCGGCAUGAUUCUGUGGUGGGUUCGAGUCUUGAACGACUUCGAGAUCCAGGGCAACUCUUUGGAACGAAUCAGAGGCUACAUUGACAUUGAGCAAGAGCCCAAACCAACAUCAGCGGGAACCCCACCGGCUUACUGGCCUGCCUCCGGAAACCUCACUGCAGAAGGACUCUCAGCUCGUUACUCUGCUGAUGGGCCCAAGGUUCUCCAAGAUAUUUCAUUCGAGAUUAAGGCAGGCGAACGUGUGGGCAUUGUUGGUCGCACUGGCUCUGGAAAGAGCAGCUUAACCUUGGCACUGCUUCGCACGAUUUUCACUGAGGGCAAGGUGUUAUAUGAUGGCAUCCCCAUUUCGUCUCUCAAUUUGGACGCGCUUCGGUCCAACAUUACCAUCAUCCCUCAAAUUCCUGAACUGCUGACCGGCAGCUUGCGAAAGAAUCUGGAUGUGUUCGACCAGUAUGAUGAUGCCACGCUCAACAGCGCGCUUCGUGCGGCUGGGUUGUUUGCACUCCAGAGCGAGAUGGAUGAAGGCCGGAUUACACUUGACUCCGAGAUUGCCAGCGGCGGAGGCAAUCUAUCGGUUGGUCAACGCCAAAUCCUCGCGCUGGCACGGGCCAUUGUUCGUGGUAGCAAGUUGUUGAUCCUUGACGAAGCCACCUCCGCGAUUGACUACAAAACGGACGCUGUGAUCCAAUCAUCGCUUCGGAAUGAACUGCCGAAAGACACCACUCUCCUCACGGUCGCUCACAGGCUGCAAACCAUUAUGGACGCCGAUAAAAUUAUGGUGCUCGACGCUGGUCGCAUUGUCGAGUUCGACUCCCCAAGAGAGCUGCUCAAGAACAAGAACGGCAAACUCCGAGCUCUGGUAGACGAGUCGGGAGACAAAGAUGCGCUGUACAAAAUGGCAGGGGCAGCAUAA